AUUGAAAGCAACAACCAAAGAAGUAGAAACAACAACAACAACAGAAAACAAAAGACAUGGCAGCCAUGGCCGGUUCUGUUCUUCUAGCCUUCCUUAUGAUCUUCACCAUCCUUUCUUCCUCUGUUAGUUCACUUAGCCUGAACUACUACGACAAGACUUGCCCUAAUUUCGAGUCCGCCGUCACCAACGCCGUCAAGAAAGCCAUGAAGAACGACAGAACCGUCCCCGCUGCCAUCCUCCGGAUGCACUUCCAUGAUUGUUUCAUUAGGGGUGAUUUGAAGGGUUGUGACGCCUCUGUGCUGCUCAAGUCAACCAAAAAGAACGUAGCUGAGAAAGAUGGGCCGCCAAAUGUUUCCCUCCACGCAUUCUAUGUAAUUGACCAUGCAAAGGAAGCCGUGGAAAAAAUGUGCCCGGGAGUUGUCUCAUGUGCUGAUAUUCUUGCUCUGGCCGCCAGAGAUGCUGUUGCCUUGUCCGGUGGACCAAACUGGGCUGUUCCCAAGGGCCGAAAGGACGGGCGAAUCUCCAAGGCCAGCGAGACCCGACAGCUCCCAGCUCCGGUCUUCAACAUAUCGCAGCUCCAGCAGAGCUUCUCCCAGAGAGGCCUCUCCCUGGAGGACCUCGUCGCCCUCUCGGGAGGGCACACUCUCGGGUUCGCCCACUGCUCGUCCUUCCAGAACAGGAUCCACAACUUCAGCGCCACCGUCGACGUGGACUCGACCCUGAGCCCGUCGUUCGCGGCCAACUUGAGGAGGAUCUGCCCCUUGCAGAACAAGGCCAAGAACGCCGGUUCGACCAUGGACUCGACCACGUUCGGGUUCGACAAUGUCUACUACAAGAUGUUGCUUGGAGGAAAAAGCAUCUUCUCGUCGGACCAGGCUUUGCUCACCAACCCUAAGGCCAAGGCCUUGGUGCAGAAAUUCGCGGCGUCUGAGGCUGAAUUCGGGAAGGCGUUUGCUGCUUCCAUGGUUAAGAUGAGCAGUCUUACGGGUGGGCAGGAGGUUAGGCUUGAUUGUAAGGUUGUGAGGUAGAUUAUUUUUUCUUCUCCAAUUGGGUUGGAUUUUUUAUGGGUUUAAUUAAGGUUGGUUGGGAAAUUUUGGUUCAUCUUGUGGACCGGUUUGAGUAAUUACAUUGGUGUUGUCUUGCACUGUUGAUCGAUGGAGUCAAAUGUAAAAUUUGGGCCGCUAAAUUGGGCGCCAAGAGAAAGUUGUCCAUUUGUUUGUCAAUGUGAUUUAUUGUUAUUCUAAUAAUAAUUACUUGGAUUGUGAUUGCAA